AUGGUCCUCUGGUGUGGUCAAAACAAACUGGAGCUGAACCCGCUCAAGACUGUGGCAAUGUUAGUAGACUUCUGGUGGAACCCUCCAUCACCACCCCCCCUCCCUGCCGCAAUCAUCAACAACUAUGUCUACUGGGGACACUUUCCGGUUCCUGGGAUCCACUAUCUCCCAGGAUCUAAGAGAGUGCAGCUCAAACUGAAAUUCAUCAUCCCUGGACUGAGCACAAUCACUCCGUCCUCUACCUGCCCCUCUCUGGUAGAGGGACACUAUGACAUUAGACACACUGAUCCCAGUUCUGGAGCAUCCACCCCGGAUCUGGACCCAUACAGCCCCAUGGACAGAAAGAAAGCUCUCAGAGGAUGCACCUUUGUUCCUGACAUCCAGGAGAUUCGCGUCAGCCCCAUUGUGUCUAAGAAGGGCUACCUGCACUUCCUGGAGCCCCACACCAGCGGCUGGGUGAAGCGCUACGUGGUGGUGCGCCGACCCUACGUGUACUUGUACCGCAGCGAGAGGGACAGCGUGGAGAGAGCCGUCAUCAACUUGUCGUCUGCUAAGGUGGAAUACAGUGAAGACAAACAGACCUUACUGCGGACGCCCAACACAUUUGCUGUGUGCACCGAGCAUCAUGGGAUCCUGCUUCAGGCUGCCAACGACAAGGAGAUGCACGACUGGCUGUAUGCCUUUAACCCACUCUUAGCUGGCACCAUCAGGUCAAAGCUUUCUCGGAGAAAGUCGGUCCAGUCAGUCCAGCCUGCUCAGAGGAUGUGAGAGGUGAACCAGGCUGGUGGAAAAACAGCAAACAAACA